AUGAGAGGCACCGGCAUCAGAGAGGGUGCGACCAAGACCCUGCUGGCCAGGGCGCUUUAUGACAACCAUCCAGAUUGCUCCGACGAGCUCGCUUUCUCCAGAGGAGACAUCCUGACCAUCGUGGAACAAAAUGUCCCAGAAAGCGAGGGCUGGUGGAAGUGUCUGCUCCACGGGAGGCAAGGCCUGGCUCCCGCCAACCGCCUCCAAGUCCUCAGAGAGACCCCUGCAGACAGACCCUGUCCCCUGCCCCCGAGAGGCCUGGACUCAGAUCUCACCGGCUCUGAGGCGCCUUGCCAGGUGUUCAACUCGUUCUCCCCGCCAACCCCGGGUCCCGUGUAUGAACCGAUGAAGAGCUGGGUGGAGGGGCCGUCACCAGCUACUGCACAAGUCUACGAACUGCCUGACUCACCUUCCAGUGCCAGGAUCAUCUGCGAGAAGACUCUGAACUUCCCCAAGCAGGCCCUCUUUGUGCUUCCCAGACCGACGAGGGCCUCACUGCCGACGCUUCCUUCUCAGGUGUAUGACGUACCUGUCCAGAGGCAAGUCUCCUCGACCCUUGAGAGGCCAGAGAAGCAGCAGUUCUAUGACAUACCCACCAGCUCCCAGAAGGCUGUGUUCCACAUCUCCACCAGCCAGGGUCCGGGUGUUACAUUGGCACCCACAACGGCCUUCAGACAAGGUGGUGGCUAUAACCCAUUAUCCAGCCCUCAGAAAUCAGAUUGGAUUCAUGACACUCCAGUGUCGCUGGGAAAGGCUGAUGUCAGAAAUGCAUCUAUGACCAGCUUCACCAAAGAGUCGGGGACCAACACCAUCCCGGGCUCCUCUGCUGUCUGCAUUGGAGCCGUGACCCUCUCCCCACAGCUGGGGAACGCCGUGCAGAAGAAAAGCAGCCCCCCGGAAGAAACUUCGUAUGCCUUCCUGACCCCCAGGGGGGACUCACUUCCUUCUGAUGCAGGCAGCAGCUACAAGGUCCCUUCCAGGUUUCUCAUUCCCAGAGUGGAGCGACAGAACACCAAGCCUAACAUUUAUGACACCCCUAAAGCCAUGCAGGGUGUGUUUCAGAAUACUUCAAAAGCCACACAAGGGGUGUCUCUGGCAGGAAAGGAGCUGGAGAGAGGCAGAGAGGCUCCAGAGAAUUCCCCCUGGGUCUCCAGACAGACAAAUUUCCUGUCUCCCGACUCGGACCGAUUAUCUGUUGCCAGCUCAGACAGCAGGGCUAGCGUGGUGUCUUCAUGCUCCUCCCUAUCCACGGACUCCUCCCCUGGCUCCUCCUCAGAGGACUCCGUGAAGGAGCUGUGGAUGGACGCGGACUUUGCAAAAGAGACAGCGGUGGCUCUGCAAAGCAGAGUGGCCAGCUCAGUGGCGGGCCUGCUGCUCUUUGUAAGCAGGACCUGGAGGUUCAAAGACUCCUUGGAAACCAACGUCAACAGAAUCCGAGGGGCCGCUGACCGAGUAGAGGAAUCCUUAAGAGAAUUUCUGGAUUUUGCCCAAGGCGUUGGUGGGUUAGCUUGCAAUCUCACAGACAGCUACCUUCAGGCUAGAGUUAGAGAUCAGCUCCAGACGAUCUCUAGCUCCUACCAGAUGCUGCUGGAUGCCAAGGGGACCCUGGACCGCUGCAAUUGGUCGCUGGAAGUUCUCGUGGUGGACAAAGCCCAACACAGUGUGGAUGACCUGGAGAGGUUUGUCCAGGUUGCGCGGGUAGUUCCGGAAGACGUGAAGAGGUUUACCUCCAUCGUCGUUGCCAACGGGAAGCUCCUUUUUAAACAGAACUGUGAGAGAGGAGAGGUGGACUGGAGGUGUGAAAGAUGCAUCCAGCCUCCCCAAAGAGAAACUGAGUCCCACCCAGAGCGCAGCAGCCCCUUCCACAAACAGCCAGCAGCUGAGCACUCCCUUGAGCUGGCGAAGAGAAGCAGAGUGGGUGUCUGUGGGCAGAAGUCACCUAACCUACAAAAGAAAGGAAAGCACGCCAUGGAAGCAAAGUCAAAUGAAAACCAAGACUUCUGUGGCACGAGUCCUAUCCCUCUUCCCUCUCCUUCUCCCAGUGGGCAGAACACGGAGAGGAAGAUCCGCCUGUCUGAGCACAGCAGGCUCUAUUUCGGAGCACUCUUCAAAGCCAUCGGUGUCUUUGCCAGUAGCCUCAGCAACAGCCAGCCCCCUGAGGUCUUCAUCACUCAGAGCAAGCUGGCCAUCACGAUCGGGCAGAAGCUGGUGGACACGCUGUGCAGCGAGACCCAGGAGAGAGAUGAACGCAAUGAGAUCCUGUGUGGAAGCAGUCACCUGUGCGGACUGCUCAAGGACCUGGCGCUGGCCACCAAGAAUGCAGUGAUCCAGUACCCCAGCCCGAGUGCCCUGGGCCUCCUCCAGUCAGAGCUGGAGAAACUAGAGUACCACUCCCGGAAAUUCAGAGACACACUGGAAUGA